UCUGUGCGUCAACUUCAGUGGAGGACCUGUGUUAGCAGCAGCUUUGAAGUCACUGGCACAUCAAAUCGAAAAUCUUCGGAGUCCAAGAGUUGACUCGUUGUUUCAACUUGGGGAAGGAGCGGCGUUUGCUGCUGUGUCUAAAUCUUCAAGAUGGGUUGUAGCCAAAUUAUGAGCAAUCUCGGUGAUCUGAUCAUGAACAAUAAGCUGGUCACCUUUCUGAGUGUGGCCCUUUUUGCGUUCGUAAUCACCGUGAUAGCGCUGGCAGUUUCGAACAACAAUAAUGCGAGUGACUUGGAAGUGUGCGAAGCACGGCUGUACGAUCUUCUGAACCCAACAACGACUCCUGUACCUACCGUCCCUACCGAUGCUCCUACUGUUACUCCUACUACUCUUGAUGUACCAAAUCCUUCUGGUGGAACGUAAUGACCGAAUGAUCGCAGAGAACCGAUUGAAGUAGUGCGUAAGAUUUGAACUAAAUGCUGUAACAAAGCAUGUUGCCUUGUGCAUCUCGAGCAAUCGAACAAUAAAUAUUUAAACUAAGAAACAAUCCGACAGGAAGCUGUUCUUUAUUUUUAGUUUUUUAGCUUACCGCCUAAAUUUAAAGAGUGGAUAUUGCCGUGCACGACUACCUGGACAGUUCCGUUGACAGAUGCCAGCCGGGUGUAAUUCACAGAUAGCCUGAUAAGAUAGCCUGGCUAUAUGACUCACUCCAGUCAGUCCGUGCUUAGAUGAAACGGUAGAGAUAUGGUGGACGUGAUUGUGUGGCUCUAAUGUUUGUUCAACAAUAUGGCUCACCUACCAACGCCCUUUAGUG